GAGAAACAGCGCUUCCUGACGGAUGUCCUCCAUGAGGUGAUGCUAUUGGACGGCCUUAACUCCUCCCACCCGAUCUCCCAGGAAGUGGCGCAGGCGGCGGAUAUCGACCGUGUCUUUGACUGGAUCGCAUACAAAAAAGGGGCGGCGUUGAUCCGGAUGCUGGCUAACGUGAUGGGACAGACGCUGUUUCAGAGAGGACUCAAUGAUUAUCUGCUCAGUCACAUGUAUGGAAACGCAGCCCGAGACGACCUGUGGAGCAAACUGACUCAGGCCAUGCGUUCUGAGGGUCUGGAGAUCGACAUUGGACAGAUGAUGGACAGGUGGACUCUGCAGAUGGGAUACCCAAUUGUGACCAUCAGCAAGAACCAAUCAGAGCAGCUCCCGACGCAUUACAUCACCGUCCACCAGGAGCACUUCCUGUACUCGCAGGAAGCCAAGAGCAACAACAGUUUGCUCUGGCAGAUCCCAUUGACGGUCGCCGUGGGAAACGCAUCCAGCGUUUGUUCAGAGAGCCUCAUCUGGAUCAACAACAAGACAGAAACCCACAGGAUUGGUCAGAUGGACGACAGCACCUGGUUGCUGGGAAACAUCAACCAGACCGGAUACUUCCGCGUGAACUACGACCUGGCAAACUGGAAACUGCUGAUUCAGCAAUUACACAACAACCCUGAAAUCAUCUCCGUUGGAAACAGGGCAGGACUUAUUGAUGAUGCCUUCAACCUGGCGAGGUGAGUCAUCCUUUAACCAGAACACAUAUUGUUUCAGUCUGGUUUACAAUCCCC